UCAAAUCAUAACUCCCUCUAAAACAACUAUGCUAUUUGAAUUGUUUUUCAUGAAACUAGUGAUUUUUUAAUAAUUCAAAUACUUUUCAUUCAUUACAAAAUAUAUCUAAAUAUCUCCUUUUUGUUUUUUUUUUUGACAAUCCAAAGCCCAUAUAGAAGAGUAGGGGACAUGUGGCAGGUAGUAAUUGGAGCGUUGACCUAGAAAGGACAUUAUUACACAUCCACGUGGUUAGCAGUUGAAAUAUUGGUCGCGAAGAACCUAACCCUAAACAGCUAAACCAAACCAAUUCCCUUGGAUUGGAAUCUCUCACAAACUCGAUAUUCGGCCUCGUCCGCUUCGGUCCAAACUCAUAAGGUGGUGGAUAUAUGUCUGAAUUAUAAGCUAGAACAACAAAACUUAGGGCAUAUAUAUACAUGCACAACUUUAGUAGUUGCAUUGUUUACUCUUUAUCACGCGAGAGUCAUUCCCUUGAAUUACACCACUAAUCCUUUGAUACUUAAUAUGUAGCUUAUAUAUAGUCUAACUAAAAGGGAAAUGUCAUGAAGAACAAAGAAAAAUAAAACACACGAGAAAUGAGUUUGUAGUAAGUAAAGUUAUUAAAGUUGGUCAGGCAGGUGUGAACUGGUUUUUGAACGUGAAGAUGACCCCUUCAUAUAUUUUAUUUAUUUAUAACCACUUUUGUUUAUUUACUUUCACAUUCUAUUAUUUCUUGGUUUUUGCUUGAGAGAGUUAAAGAGGAAGAAAUACAUUACCCGUCAAUCCUUCUUGGGAAAAUAAUGAACGCUUCAUUUAUAAUGUUUCUUCUAUUGGUUACUCUAAGGUAAAACAUUGCAAUUGAUAGAUGAACAAGAAAAGCAGAGGAUUAAAAGAAAAAGUGUGAAGAGAAUUAAGAUUCUUUAUUAAGACAGAUUAACUAACAAACCUAACCCUACUUGUCCCACUUUCUAUUCAUACUUAACUCAUUCCCCUCUUCCCCCUUCAUACGUAAAUCUCAUCCUUCAUCCAUCUUUAGUCAUAUAACUCAAGAUUCUGUUACCAUGGCCAAAUCCUCAAAUCUUCUCCUCUGCCUCUCUGUUUUGAUCUUCAUCAUCACCGAAUCCGCCUUGGCUCAGAAAUGUUCCAACUACAAAUUCUCCACCAACCGUCUCUUUGAGUCUUGCAACGACCUCUCUGUUCUUGAUUCCUUCCUCCACUACACUUAUGAUUCUUCUUCAGGCAAUCUCCAAAUCGCGUAUCGCCACACAAAACUCACCUCCGGGAAAUGGGUGGCAUGGGCAGUGAAUCCUACAUCCACUGGCAUGGUCGGAGCUCAAGCCAUUGUAGCUUAUCCACAAUCAGACGGCAGCGUUAGGGCUUACACGUCACCCAUCAGCAGCUACCAAACGAAUCUCCAAGAAGCUGAGCUGAGUUUCAACGUCUCUGAGUUGUCUGCCACUUACCAAAACAACGAGAUGAUCAUCUACGCAACGUUGAAUCUUCCACUUGCGAAUGGUGGAAUCAUUAAUACUGUGUGGCAAGAUGGGUCUCUGUCAGGGAACAAUCCUCUGCCUCAUCCAACUUCCGGCAACAAUGUUCGCUCUGUUUCUACUCUUAACCUUGUCUCCGGUGCAUCUGGUUCCACCUCAACCGGAGGAGGAGGAGGAGCUUCCAAGCUACGCAAACGCAACAUACAUGGAAUAUUGAACGGUGUGAGCUGGGGAAUAAUGAUGCCAAUAGGGGCAAUCAUUGCUCGCUACUUGAAAGUCUCAAAAUCAGCAGAUCCAGCUUGGUUCUACCUUCAUGUUUUCUGCCAGUCUUCUGCUUACAUCAUUGGUGUUGCCGGUUGGGCCACAGGUCUCAAACUGGGCAGCGAAUCAGCCGGGAUUCAGUUUACUUUUCACCGUGCUGUUGGGAUCGCUCUCUUCUGCCUCGCAACAAUUCAGGUGUUUGCAAUGUUUCUGAGACCCAAACCAGAGCACAAAUACAGAGUCUACUGGAACAUUUAUCACCACACCGUAGGCUACACCGUGAUCAUCCUUGCGGUGGUAAACGUUUUUAAAGGACUAGACAUCUUGAGCCCUGAGAAGCAGUGGAGAAACGCUUACACCGCUAUAAUCGUAGUACUAGGUAUAGUCGCGGCUGUGCUAGAAGCGUUUACUUGGUAUGUAGUCAUAAAGAGAGGGAAAGCAGAGGAAUCUGCGAAAACAGGUCAGCGUGUAGGCAACGAUGGUCGGUCUCUAUACGUAUAGACAGGCUGUGUAAGAGAUUAGAGUAAAAUUUUCUGGCUUAUUUGGUCAUUAUGGGUUUUCUGUUGGUUAAUUUUGAUUUGAUUUCGGGUCUCUACAUACAUAUAUAUAUUGCGAGAUUAAAUUAAUACAUUUGAUGUUGAA